UCAGCGGCAUGACGACAGGCAAUGACAGGGUCGAGGAGACCGUUUGGGAGUACAAGGCGCUGAUCCUGGACAGGGACAAGAAGCCCAAGGGUCCCAACACGUGGGUAAGCAAACCGACCUCUCUCAUCAAAGUUCAAGAGAGCGACCCGGAUGCCCUGUACGAAGCGUGCGAGUUCGGCAACAGGAGCUCGUACGAUGUGGCCUUCAGGAUCACUAAGGCCAACGGGCUGCAGUUCAACCCCGACCACGGCGUUCUCAAGCCAAACGAGAGGGUCCCGUUAAAGUUCAAAGUGCGUCCAAGCACGAGACGACCCGAGCAGGCCGAGGUUGAGAUCCUGGCGAUACGCGUCAACCCGACGAGCUGCGACAAGACGAUCGAGGAUAAGUGGCGCCUGGUGCCCACCAACAAGGUGUCACGCGUCCGCCACACCGUGCAGCUAAGGGCUCCCGAAAAAAUGAGGCAGCGGCCACUCCUGCCGCCUCCCCCAGCGCCCUGCGUCACGCCCCCAGACCGGACAACACGACCGGUGGAUGACUGCAAGGAAGACGCGGAUCGGCCGGCGGCGCCCGCGGUCAAUUGGCCGGAGCGCUGGAAAUCACAGGCCCGGCCGCAAUCGAAGGACGUCUCUUCCAACCCUGUCGUCCCAGUAUGCCUGGUCGAGGAGGCCAACAGUUCCUACAAGGUUCUCCGCGUGACCGUGGCCGUGUUGGCACUGGCUGUCGUUGCCCUGAUCAUUCAAGUGUGCAGCCUCUGGGUACGCGUGAACAACAUCGGCGAGAACUUCUGCAACAGGCACUACUGCAUCUGGUUCUUCUGCCGCUGA